CCAGAUGGAAAGUCUUUUUGGCAGCCUUCCAGAAAUGCUGGACUUCCAGAAAGUUUUCCUGCAGACCCUGGAGGAAAAGAUCAGCUCCUCCCCCAACUUCCACACGUUCGAGACCCCUGUGCAAUUCAAGAAGCUGCUCUUCUCACUGGGUGGUUCGUUUCUGUAUUACGCAGAGCACUUCAAACUUUACAGCGGCUUUUGCGCCAACCACAUUAAAGUGCAGAAGGUUCUGGAACGAGCCAAAACAGAUCGAUGCUUUAAGGAGUUCCUCAAUGCAAAGAAUCCCACCAAGCAGCACUCGACCACACUGGAGUCCUACCUCAUCAAACCAGUGCAGAGAGUGCUGAAAUACCCCCUGCUGCUCCGCGAGCUGGUGUCUCUGACGGACACGGACAGUGAGGAACACUACCACCUCACAGAGGCACUUAAGGAAAUGGAGAAAGUUGCAAGCCACAUAAAUGAGAUGCAGAAGAUCUACGAAGACUAUGGUGCAGUAUUUGACCAGCUGGUAUCAGAGCAAAGUGGCGCUGAGAAAGAGGUCACAGAGAUUUCUAUGGGACAGUUCCUCAUGCAUUCCUCUGUGAUUUGGCUCAACCCGUUCCCAUCACUGGGCCGUAUGAAAAAGGACCCUGAGCUGACUGUUUUUGUUUUUAAGAGAGCUGUGAUACUGCUGUACAGGGAGAACAACAAAGUGAGAAAGAAGAUGCCAACUUCAAGAUCCGCCCAUGGAGAUCAGGAUCCAUUCAAGUUUCGUUGGCUCAUCCCCCUGUCAGCACUACAGGUCAGACUGGGCAAUACUGCAGACACAGACUGCGUCUGGGAGCUGAUCCACACCAAAUCCCAGAGAGAGGGCAGGCCGGAGACGGUGUUCCAGCUGUGUAGCAGCACUCCAGAGUGCAAAGUCAUCAUCAUCAGGGUGAUGCGUUCCAUCCUGCGGGAGAACUUGCGUCGAAACAUGCAAAGAGUCGAGCAGCAUUCUGAGAGAGUCUGCAAAAAGAGGCUCACCCCCCUUCGGAAAACGUUGCCAGCUUCUGCUAAGCUAGGUUCUUCUCGAGGAUUUUGGCUCUCUAAACUGCCUAUAAAUGACAGUCCCAACCCCAACAAUGAUCCAUUGAGGCCGUCUCUAGCAGAUUCAGAUUCCGCCAGUGUGAGCAGUGGAAACACCAGCAGUGCCAGCGCUCCUCUGGAUCCGCAGAGCGACCUCAAGGAAUCCAGCAGCAUCAUCAGUGAUGAGGACCACGAGAACGUCGACCAGCAGGAGUGGCUCGACCCCAGUGCCAUCGAGGCCCAGUUCUGCAGGCUUCGGGUGGCCGAGGACUCCCAGACUCCUGCGCCCCGUGUGCAGCCGGAGAGCGCAGAAGUGGACUCUCCUGAAAGACGGUCUUCUAUAAAGCAAGCUCACUUUGGCGCGGUCAAGCGUAAGUCUGGCAGAGGCACGGGUAGCCUUAGACGCAGCCAGGCGGACCUAGUGAACAUGCGUCGACACAGCCAAUCGUUGGACAGCCAGGCCGAGCUGAUGGCGAAUAGUGUGGAUCUUAACUCACUGCUGGAGAAGGAGUUCAGCGUGCAGAGCCUGACCUCUGUGGUCAACGAGGAUUUCUUCUAUGACAACACCGCAGAGGCAAAGAACGCAACAGCUUCGUAGAACAAAGAUUAGCACGUGUUCAACACCUUGAUCUGAUGUGGAGC